GUUUGCUUUGUUGUCAAUAAACAUUCGGCAAUCGGCAGACGUUUGCAGUAAAUCUAGGCUAUGUAAUAAAUUCUGAAUUUUUAUGUUAGUAAAAGUACACAUAAAACAUGUUAACUGCUGUUAUAUUCACAAUAUUUAUAUCCUGAAAUCUCCCCGGUAUAUUCACAAGCAAUGUUUAUAACGAGAUUACAUUUUUAAAUAAAUCAAAAUUAUCGUUUAUAUUUUAUAACCUUAAACUAGUAAUGGAUACUUUACUUAAAAAAUAUGUCCACAUUACUUGUGUUGUUAUUAUAUAUUGGAUUGUAUCUAUUGUCACUGUUUUUGUCAACAAGACUCUGCUUAGUGGAGAGGAGGUCAAGCUCGAAGCUCCAAUAUUUAUAGCUUGGUUCCAAUGCCUUGUGUCCUCGUUGAUAUGUAUUGUGAUGGCCCAGCUAUCAGGAUGUUUUCCUGAUACAUUCCAUUUCCCCAUGGGAAAUCCCUUUAAUCCAUCUAUAGCAAUGAAGGUUAUUCCAUUGUCAUUUCUCUUUGCGGGGAUGAUAAGCUUCAACAACCUUUGCCUAAAGUAUGUUGGGGUAGCAUUUUACUAUGUAGGACGCUCCCUUACAACAGUUUUUAAUGUUCUUUUUACAUACAUUGUUUUACAUGAGAAAACAUCAAAACGCUGUAUUAUUUGUUGCCUCGUAAUUAUAUCUGGCUUCUUCUUAGGAGUAAAUGAAGAACAUGGCACAGGCAGUCUGUCAGUGAUGGGUGUCUUGUAUGGAGUUCUCGCUUCAUUGUGUGUUGCUCUAUACUCCAUCCACACGAAGAAAGUCUUGCCUGCCGUGGGCAACCAUAUAUGGAUGCUCUCAUUCUACAACAAUGUGUACUCAUCUCUGAUAUUCAUUCCUUUCAUAAUCAUGAACAAUGAAGUGGCUGAAGUAUCUAAUUAUGAGAAACUGGACUCAGUCUAUUUCUGGACCUUAAUGGUCAUAGGAGGGCUGUGUGGGUUAGCCAUUGGAUAUGUCACAUCUUUACAGAUAAAGGUAACAUCUCCGCUGACUCACAACAUCUCUGGCACAGCAAAGGCUUGCGUACAGACAGUCCUGGCUACAUAUUGGUACAGUGAGACUAAGAGUUUACUCUGGUGGCUGUCUAACAGCAUAGUGUUGAUGGGUAGUGCCGCAUAUACACGUGUCAGGCAGCAAGAGAUUGAGGAGCGUUCCAGGCGGAGAAACCUUCCUUGAUCUGUUUGGCUUCUAGGCCUUUACAACACCAAAGUUACCAGUACUACUGUAAACAUGCAGAACUAAAGGAAAUACUUAAACCCCAUGAAAUAAUAGUAAAGAAAUUCCCCCCUAUAUGUCUAGCAGUAGUUUUUAUUUUCAAUUGAGUUUAUUCAUAGUUGGAUAAAUUGGACCAAUGUACAACAAAGGCUGAAAAACAUUUCAGAAAGGAGGAAUAUAUUACUGAAGUAUCAUGA